CCUUUUAAGCAUUUACUUUCAGGUGCAAUAAUUAAAAAAUAUAUUCGGUCUCUCUAUGCCGUCAGUGUGACAGAUUUCCUAACCUCACAAACGUCGUUAUUUAAUACUUCAUAACUUUUUACCCGCUUGAGAGCGACGAUUUUUUCUUUCAGAUUCUUAAUGUAUGUUUCAAAAUGAACAAAUAUGUAAAAUUUUAUCAAAAUCAGUGAGAAGGACCGUCUCCUUCAUAAUUACCAUAUUCACAACCAUGAGUUCGCCCUCUUCGUUACAAUGUGUCAAAUGCACAACCUGGAGAUGCCGUCCCUUAGAGAUAUACUCAAUGGAAGCGUGGGCAUGUACAACAACUACAUUCUCUGUCACAUGAAGACUAUUAAUUGGGAGGAAAUAAUCACAGGCCAAGGCGGAAAAUACUUUUACUUGUACAAUUUUACAUCGCCAGAAC